CCCAUGUCUUUAAGCAUCAAUAUUAUUAAUAGCUCCAAGUUUGUGUUGCGCCCUAGCCACAGCUCCCCUGCCGGCAUGGCCACUUCGAAGCCGCAACUGGAAGUCCAUAAAGCAGACCACAGCCCUUCAAAAUGGAGCGUGGCUCUUGGAGAAGAGGUUUUCAGCAAAUUUGUGGGGCAACCCAAUUCCGGUGUGCAGAAGGUGUUGGGCGAGGGCUCGUUGUUCAGCCCGCUGCUGUUCGGGAAGUUCUUCGACCCCGCCGAUGCCUUUCCGCUCUGGGAGUUUGAGUCCGAUCUGUUGAUGUCAGCCCUCCGCAGCUCUGGGAAAUCUUCAAUUGAUUGGUUUCAGACUGACCAGGAAUACGUUCUCCAAGCAGAAUUACAAGAACCUUGGAGAAACGCUUUGCAAAUUUCCGUAGAAGACGGGAAGGUGUUAGAGAUAAGUGGUCAGUUGAAGGAACAACAAAGAGAAGCCACCAAGCUUGUCGAUUGGCGAUGUGCCAAUUGGUGGGAGCACGGAUUCGUUCGGCGACUUGAGUUGCCUGAAGAUGUUGAUUGUUGUAGAAUAGAGGCUCGGAUGAAGAAUGACACAAUUCUUGAGAUCAAGAUUCCCAAGUUAGAAACGAAUAGAGGUGCUGACUCAAAGAGCAAGGAUUCUGAUCAAGAUGUUUAAGUUCAUGGCCAAACUUGUAAUGAAAAACGUGUUUAACUUAAACUUAAUUUACAUAUGCUCUAUGGAUCUCAAACAUAUGUAUGUUUCUGAUCAACUUCUAUGGACGGGAAUACAAACACUUUCGAAAUG